AAUAACAUACAUAGGUUAACGUCUAGUGUCACAUGUUGUGAGAACACGAAAGUUCACAUUUUAGCGUCAGAAAAAAAGGUGUUUUGGUGGUGAAAUUAAAAUAUUGAUAAACACCACUUUCUUCUGUCAACUUGUGCAUGUAACCAGUUUCGGUGUUGUUAUUUUUAUUGAUAAAUGAUCAAAAAAUUGCGAUUGAAGUGAAUUAAUCGUGACUUACCAAAAUAAUAGGUAUUUAAUGCAGUCCUGAAAAUCAUCCAUAAUGGACCCUAGAGGAAUAUACGAUUCGCAAGUUCAAAAUGAAAUACGGUCGGACAAGUUUGUGCUCCAUCCCAGAUUGCCAAGCUUACAACAGAUGGCGUACAACCAAAUAGCCAUUGCAGUGUGGUAUAGAUAUUGUUCAACUCCACGCCAACGAGACUAUGGACAGUUUCAUCUUCUGGACUCGAUUGAUAAACCAGAACUAAUGGAUUGCCAUAAACUGAUAAGAGCAUUGGCAAUGCCUACAUUUAUGAAGGAAAUCUUGAGAAAACAUUUAAAGAGAGUUCGUGAAGAAACAAUUAUUUGCAAUAGAUUCUUCAAAUACCAAUUAUUAUCGGAAAACUUGGAGGCACAUCGAAUCCGUCAAGUUGAUUGGGAGUAUUUUGUGUGGCGUCCAGAUGGUCGAAUCAAUUAUAAAAGCACUGCCAUCAAAAUGCUACAUACGGGCGUGUUGACUCAGGUGCAGAAGUUCGCCAUCAUGAGCAAUUUAUGCCUGGAAGAUGAGAUCAAAAUGUUCGAUCUGAAUCACAGUGUUAUGAAAACCUUUAUCCCGAAAGUACACAGAGACUGUGAUCCGUUAUUGUUUUACUGGAUCUGCUACCUGAAGGAAACAUUACACAGAACUACACCAUUCUUCCUUCGUCUAUCUGACCAUCAUGAAAGAUUACAUUUGAUAUAUAAAAAUAAGAACCAUUACGAAGCGUUUGAUUAUUUCUGGAAUGGUUUGAGUGCUGAAGAUCAAGUAUCCUUCAUGAGUGACAGAUUACGUACAUUCGGGAUUUCUCACUGGCAUGGUUGCCUGUUUUACAAGAUGUCUCAUGAUCAAUUAACAAAUUUACUGUUCCAUCAACCAGUUCGGGUGAUAUUACUUUUUAUCAAAAAAAUGGAAAUGCCUGAUUGGGCAAUUAUGGCUUGGAAGCGGUGCAAAAAUUGGAUAUCUGAUGAGCAAUUUGUCACGUUGUUGCACAGCCUGCUCGACAAAUUUGACAAAAAUCCCACCCUUCACCUGGAGUACAAAAUGAGUGUUUUAUUGGAAAUAUGGAAUACGGCCAACGAUCACCAGAAGAAUUAUGCAGCGAGACAGGCAUGUUUAGAAGAAAGUCUGGUUGAUGCCAUCUUGUAUUACCGGAAAAAAAUAACACCCAGUUUUUUCAAGUUUCUACUGAAAUUUUUAUCUCUGAAAAGCGUGGAUUUCAGAAAAAAAACUUAUUCUCGAAGGUGACCCCUCAUUUAUAUUUUAUUUUGAUUUCAACGUGGUACAUAAAAUAUUUGAGUUAUGCUUGCCAAAUUUCCAAGGUAAGGUGGAAUUCAAAACUGAACGGAUUAAAUACAUAAUUCGUCCUUAUUUUUGUAAAAUUUUAUACACCGUUGAAGAUUACGAUGAAUUGAAUAGACGAUUGUUGAGUUCCAUUCAAAACUCGAAUAUUUCUUCAAAAGGUACUCUAAAAAACUUCAUCGAGUCAUUGGCUAUAGCCAAUAAAAGAGAAUACCAAUCUCAUCAUAUCUCUGAUUUGGCGAGAUUGAGUAAAUUCGUCGCCAAAAUUCUGCAAGAAAACGUGUCUUCAGUGUUGAAAAUGAAAGAAUCGACCUCCGCCAACAGUGAUCCAUAUGGACAGUAUGGUAGUUUGAAUGAAUUGAGUAAACUAAUUGAGCAGGAGUUUGUACAUGAACAUCUGCAAGAAUUGAAACACCGAUUAGCUAAAAUACUCCAAACAACAAGCUUUAAAGAAUGGAUUUGGUAUGAUUAUGAUUAUGAUAUGUUCACCCAUCUUUUUUCGUGGUGCUUUGAAAAUGACGAAGAAAUGUUUCUGCAAGUUAAACGUCGCAUACCAAUUAACAAUAUUAUUCCUGAAUUUUUAAAAAGAAUUGGUCUCCGAAUCGCGUCCUUCAAAAAAUUACAGAGAUUUCUGGAGUGGUAUUUCUUCGGUGUAGAGGAAGAAAUUGUAUCUUUUAAAUUAGGUUUAAUGAAUGAUCCUGAGAUUAAUAAUGCAUUAGACUUCGUACAGAAAUACAACAAGUGGUCUCGUAGAGAAUUUUUGCAGUGGAUUGGCCACCCUAUUGAACUCCAUGCUAAAAGUAGUACUUAUGGCAGCACAUAUCGUUUCUUUUCUUUUUUAUUUGCUGUUUUAUCCGUAAUAGGUAUUGGUUCAUCUCUAAGCUAAUGCAUCAUGCCUUAGGCUUAUUUAUAAAGUAAGUAUAAUCUACAAUGACAAACUUGUUCCAAAAGCUUCAUAACUUUGUUAGAAGACAUGAUUUAUGUACAAUGUAUUUGUAAGUACCUAAUUCGUAAUAGAAAUCUCAAUGUCAGUAUUUGGUAUAUCUAGGUAGUUUUGAACGUGAUUCUUUUAUAAGUAUAAGUAGUAAAUUUCAAUAAAUUUCUGCAGCAAUGUUAGCAAAAUUUUGCUGAAUUUUUGUUUUGUUUUUUUUUCAAUGUGUUAUUUUGUAUAAUUUUAUUAAAUUUUAAUCCAAAUUUUUCAACGUAUCAUCAUCUUUUGAUGUUCUUAACUUUUACUUAUAAUCAAUUUUCAUAUCAUUUUCAACAUAUUUUUUGGCGACAUUUUGCUCGAUUUUCUUGAUUUUUAACAAUUUUUGUGAAUUUUUCCAACUGAUGAGUUAUAGUUUGGCAUUUUUGCUGCUGCUGUUCGUUGAAUUUUGAUGAAUAAAUUAGAUCAAUUUCCAAUAUUUCGAGUACCUACCAUUAUUCGAUUUUACAAUCAUCUUACGUUUUGAGAGCUUGGAAGAAAUUUGAUGAAUUCUCAACAGUACGUGAGACUUUUAGGA